AUGGAGGCUUUGAAUAGGUUGCGUGAUAUGUUCCAAGAUAACAAACACUCUCGUGUCGUUACACUUGAGUAUGAUUUCACCCAUACAACCAUGGAGGCCUUUUCAAGUGUCUCUGCUUACUGUCAACAUCUCAAGUCAUUGUCAGAUCAACUCAAGAACGUCGGCUUUCCGGUCGAUAACAGUAGGUUGGUUCUGCAAUUGGUGUCCAGUCUCAUUGAACCCUACAAGGGAGUGGCCACACUCAUCCGUCAAAGUGAUCCCUUGCCUCAGUUUUAUCAAGCAUGGUCGAUGCUUGUUCUCGAAGAAUCCGACCUCAAGAAGGCGGCUUAG